UGUGCUGUGCUGUGCUGUUGCUUAUUGUUGCUCUCAGUAUUGAAUUCCUUGGUGAAAUGUGCAGCUUUCACGUGAUCCAGGGAACUUGGCUUGUGUAACCACUGAUGAACACUAGAGGGCGUUUGAGCCAGCAAAAAUGCGGUUGCCUAUGAAUAACGGGCUCAAAGGAUGGGGAUAUAGUUGCUUCAAACUUCCGAACAUCUCGUCUUUGGGCUUUGGGGUCUGACUUUCUGGAGCUUACAGGGUCGUAAAUUAUUCGUCGGCUGUGAAAAACACUCUCUGAACUCUGUGGUUGGUCGUUUUGAUGGAAUUGUUGCAUUAUUGAGUAGAUACAAUGUUUUGCCCUAUUUUGUUCCUUAUUUUGGGAUUAACGGAGCUCCGUUACGCAAAACCACUGAAGGAAUCAUCAGGGUACCUGACUUCUUUGGACAUGUUACCAAGUGGAUUAGCGGGCUCUAAUGCGAUGCACAUUUCAAUUCCUGACGCCAAAUCAAAUCCAAUAGGAGAUAUGGUUGGGACAAAUCAUGUUAUGUUAUUUCGGGAGGCAAACCUGAAGAGAGUGCCCAGGGGGGCGAAGGAUGGAACAUCGAAGUUUCCCUAUAACUUCAGGCACCCAAGACCUUACGACCCAGACGGUUAUUUUACAACACCUAGGAAUGCACAUUUCCCUAAUAACACUGACGGGGAUGGAAAAAAUAGUAGCAAUUCUAUUCGAAUCCACAACCCUCUGUACCCCGUGACUGACAGUUCCUACAGCGCUUAUGCAGUGAUGCUCCUGUCACUGAUAGUGUUUGCUGUGGGUAUCAUAGGUAACUUGGCGGUGAUGUGCAUCGUGUGGCACAACUACUACAUGAAAACUGCUUGGAAUUGCAUUCUGGCCAGCCUGGCCUUUUGGGAUUUCCUGAUCCUGUUUUUCUGUCUGCCCGUGGUCAUCUUUAAUGAACUGACCAAAAGGAGGUUAAUGGGAGACCUUUCGUGUAGAAUUGUCCCUUACAUGGAGGUAACCUCACUGGGAGUGACCACCUUCAGCCUGUGUGCCCUGAGCAUUGACCGCUUCCACACGGCCACAAGCCCACAGCCCCGGCCACGGAUGGUGGAGCCCUGCCAGUCCAUCCUGGCCAAGCUGUCGGUCAUCUGGGUGGGCUCCAUGGUGCUAGCCAUCCCUGAGCUCCUGCUUUGGCAGCUGCAGCAGGACGUGGCGCCAGCGUCUGGCCUGCCGGUGGACUCGUGCGUGCAGCGGCCCUCGGUGGAGCUGCCGGAGUCGGUGUACUCGCUGGUGCUCACGUACCACGAGGCGCGCAUGUGGUGGUACUUUGGCUGCUUCUUCUGCCUGCCGCUGCUCUUCACGCUGGCGUGCCAGCUCCUCACACGCCACGUGACCGAGGAGGCACGGCAGGCGGCGUCCACCGCAGCAGGGCGCCCGCUCUCGCCCUCCACCACGUCGUCAUCAUCCACGUCGUCGUCCUCCUCCUCGCCCAAGAGGCAGCAGCAGCGGCGGCGGGAGCGCCAGCUGACACGCACGGUCCUGGCGCUGGCCGUCGUGUUCGGCGUCUGCGGCCUGCCGGAGAACGCCACCAACAUCACACUGGCCUAUGCCGGGCUGGAGGUGUCUGUGGCGACACUGGCUCUGCUGCAGCUGAUCGGCCAGUUCCUGAUGUUCGCCCGGGCGGCCGCCACGCCGGUCAUCCUGCUGUGCCUGUGCCGUGCGCUGGGCCAGGCCUUCAUGGACUGCUGCUGCUGCUGCUGCGACGAGUGUCUGCCUGACCGCUCGUCCUCGUCCGCCUCCUCCUCCUCUUCCUCGCACUCCACAGCCGCCACUGCCACCACCUCCUCCUCACCCACAUCCUCCGUCCCUGAGGACAAACUCAAAAUUGUUUCAGGCACCACGCCCGCCAUCCUCUUCGACAAAGCCAAGGACAACUCUUCUAUACUGGCCCUAGGCACCCCCUGCUGAGGGGCCCUCCUUGUGGACCCCGUCCCCAAUGACUUUGCUGCAGGGACAUCUCAUGACCUACUGUCCCAUCUGUGGGGCUUGAGGUAGAAAAUAAUGAAGGAAGAUGUUGAGUCAUUUUAUCAUGGAGAUUAUUCUUUUGCUGAAACUUUCAAUGGGCCUCUUUUAUCAAUCGAACGUAGAAACCAGCACAGAUCUGAGCACAGGAGUCACCUUACGAGAGGGCUCACAUGGGAUUCAUGAAAUGUAUUGUUGCAUCAUGAAAAUGAACGGGUGUUGGUUAAUGUGGAGGCUGAAAAAAAAACGUAAUUUAAAUAUCACGCCCCUAUAUUCUCAUUUUAGAGGCCACACCCCCUAGAAUUUAUGACAUGCAUAAUAUGUCCAGAUGAGAACAUUUUCUGACCUUGGGAUAGACACAUUUUAUAUAUGACCAUGGAACACUGGAGACAAGUUGAAGGACAACAUAAUCUUUUGUGCACACGAAAACAAAAUGCAUGAUUCAUGUCCUGACUGUUUUGAUUCAUGUCCUGACUGUGCUUUUCUUGGUUUUAAAGUAAUUCUGACACAUGAUGGGUAUCCUAAGCAUUGUGUCAACAUAACAGGCUACAUGAACGCUACAAAUGUGCAGUUCCAAUCGAUUAUAUUCUAUGAUUAGAACUCCCCAGUCCUCCACUAAUUUACUCUGUUGCACCCCACACCAUACUGACUUGACUAUGUUGUACGUUCCUUUCGUAAAUGAGGGCCAUUGUGUUUGCUGAUGUGACCCUUUACUGUACAUAAACCUGUUGAAAGCCGAGGGCUCUGUCCAGUAUUAGUGGUUUAACCAUCUCAGCUGACAUGCAAGCUCUCUGAUGCCCUCGUUGCUAUACCAGCACAAGACAGAUUCUGAAAUAAAACCCAAGAAGAAGGAGAGUGAAGAAACCACACUACAAUGGGGAGCAUAAGAAAUCCCCCUUUCCUCCAUUUUUCUUUCUAUGUCAAAAGCAAGCUGGCCAAAAAGAAAGAUUACGAGUCUUGAAACUGAACGGCUUGUGUGGCCUUUAUUAUGAAGUCGUUUUUUUCUCUCCUUCUUUGAAAGGACUUUUGACAUGUGGAGUUAUGCGGGCCUAAAUGAGUCCAGUGAUGGCUUUUCAUCUGGUGGUUUGACUCAGUAGAUGGCCUUUGUCUUCUGUUAUGCUAACCCCUUUUUCUGUGUUGCAUAAUGAACAAGGAUGUGAUGUAGUAUUCUUUAUUCAUCAACACAUGACAUUGCUCCAUCCACGGGCUGGAAUUUUGUAUGUUUACUGAUUUUUAGUUAACUCAAUGCCUCAUAGCAAUACAUACAGUUAUUACUGUUUAUGUGGGUAACAAUAUGUAUGAUGAUGCUGUGGGACUGAUUUAGUAUGUCUUACUUUUUUCUACUCAGAGCUGAAAAAUAUGAAUUGAAUAGUUGAAUAGCAUUUUAGAAAUAUUUUCAUGGAUAGAAAGAUUCAUAGUUUAACACCAAUUUUUUUGUAAAGCAAAUAGACACGUCAGUUAUAAAUACACAAGUCACUAUUACGGCAUGCUUUGGCUAAAUGUAGGUAGCUGGUAUAAAGUGAAUAAACUAAAUUAAGUCUGUUGUUGUCCACUCUGCUCUGGAAAGAUAUGUCUUUGUAGAAUCUGUUACCAACCUGUUUCUUCUGACAUUACCGUGAUAUCUUGAAUGAGAAUCUGAAAUGUGACAUCUCUAUAAUUCAGUCAUUUAAAUCAUGUAAAAUUGAGUGCAUUUGUUUUGAAUUUAAACUUUUUCAGCAAUUAUCAAUAACAGUAAUCAGAACGCUUUUGCAGUUUCUUUGAUAUAUUUCCAAUGAAUGUUUCUACACUGGAAAAGUAUUGUCAGUAGGCUGAAUUUGGAGAGAUUGGCUUAAAAAGUUUUGAGAAUCAUGAGCAAAAAAACCCCAGUUAGACCUUUAUUUUUUUAUUUGUAUGUUUACACUGGAUUGUACUGAUUUGGACCCAAUAAAAUAACUUGUUCAA